CCUAGCUGGACGUAUUCGUCUGCAGUGCAUUUUAGUGUAAAAUAAGUUGCUCACGGAACCGGCGAAUUUGUUUUUACUGUUGUAUCGUGAUAAAGAUACUGAGAAUCACGAUUAUGUGGAAGAAUUCUGAAGAAUUGGAAGCUGUGCAAGAAUCUAUAGAAAAUGACCUGCGUCAACAAGUGACUAGGCUCCGUUCAAAAUGGUCUGGCUUCGAGCCCAGGCUUGCCAUCGUGCAGGUGGGCGGGCGCGAGGACUCCAACGUCUACAUCAGGAUGAAGCUGAAGGCAGCUGAGAAAAUUGGUAUCGCCGCCGAACAUAUCCGCUUACCAAGGGACAUCACUGAAAUAGAGCUGUUAGCAAAAAUAACGAGUCUGAACGAAUCUCCUUCCGUUCACGGCAUCAUUGUUCAAAUGCCCCUUGAUUCGGACCACGCGAUCGACGCUCAUCGAGUCACUGAUGCUGUCUCACCUGAUAAAGAUGUUGACGGCUUAAACACAAUUAACGAAGGUCGAGUAGCAGUAGGUGAUCUGUCCGGAUUCAUUCCUUGCACUCCAGCCGGGUGCGUGGAACUCAUUAAGAAGACCGGCGUCACUAUAGCUGGCAAAAAUGUGGUAGUGCUCGGGCGGAGUCGCAUUGUGGGUACUCCGGUGUCAGAGUUGCUGAAAUGGGAACACGCUACUGUCACAGUAUGCCAUUCAAAGACCAAGAAUUUGAGUGAAAUUACUAAGACAGCAGAAAUACUGGUGGUGGCGAUCGGUCGUCCAGAGAUGGUCCGAGGCUCUUGGAUCAAGCCUGGAGCGGUCGUUAUAGACUGUGGUAUCAACGCUAUUGAGGAUCCUACAAAGAAAAGCGGGCAACGUUUAGUGGGCGACGUGGCUUACCAGGAGGCGGUCAAAGUAGCUUCGGCUGUGACUCCUGUGCCGGGCGGCGUGGGGCCCAUGACCGUCGCGAUGCUCAUGCGGAACACCGUGCAGGCAGCGCGCCGACAGCUCGACCGCUUGCUUGCCCCCUCCUGGCCUCUCAAGCCGCUUCGCCUCACCCCGAUCACGCCACCGCCCAGUGACAUCGUAAUAGCUCGUUCUCAGAAGCCUAAAGACAUCGGAGAGCUGGCGGCAGAGAUCGGUCUGUGUCCGAGCGAGGUGUCUCAAUAUGGACGUACUAAGGCCAAGAUUUCACUGUCCGUUCUCGACAGAUUACGCAACCAACGCACAGGGAAAUACAUCGUAGUUGCUGGUAUAACUCCAACACCACUUGGUGAAGGCAAAAGCACCACUCUAAUAGGGCUGGUGCAAGCGUUGACAGCACAUCGCGGGAAGAACGCAUUUGCAUGCAUGCGGCAACCGAGUCAGGGGCCGACCUUUGGCGUUAAAGGAGGUGCUGCUGGAGGGGGCUACUCUCAGGUAAUUCCAAUGGAGGAGUUCAACCUGCACAUGACUGGCGACAUUCAUGCCGUAACCGCUGCCAACAAUCUUCUUGCUGCACAAAUGGACGCGCGCAUCUUCCACGAGCUGACACAAAAGGACGGACCUCUGUAUGACCGUCUCGUCCCCAAGAUCAAGGGCGUCAGGAAGUUCUCCCCUAUCCAGCUACGCAGACUGAAGAGAUUGGGAAUCGAUAAAACGGACCCUGACUCUUUAACUGCCGAAGAGAGGGUUAAGUUCGCUCGACUCAAUAUAGACCCAACAAAGAUUAUGUGGAACAGAGUUGUGGAUCUAAACGACAGAUAUCUUCGAAAGAUCACAAUAGGCCAGUCCCCUACGGAAAAAGGCUUCACUCGGGAGACUGCAUUCGAUAUUUCCGUCGCUUCGGAGAUCAUGGCUAUUCUGGCGUUAGGUAAUGACGUGGACGACAUCAAAGAACGCCUCGCCAGCAUGGUGGUGGCCCUCGAUAAGGACGGCAACGCUGUCACCGCAGACGACUUGGGCAUGACGGGAGCGUUGCUGGUGUUGUUACGUGACGCGUUCGAGCCGACGCUGAUGCAGAGUCUGGAGGGCACGCCGGUGCUGGUGCACGCGGGACCCUUCGCCAAUAUCGCGCACGGAUGCUCCUCCAUACUGGCUGACAAGAUCGCCAUGAAGCUGGCCGGUCCCGCUGGUUACGUCGCCACUGAAGCUGGAUUUGGAUCUGAUAUUGGAAUGGAGAAGUUCUUCGACAUAAAGUGUCGCGCAAGCGGCGACCGGCCUCACUGCGCGGUCAUCGUUGCGACCGUGCGCGCGCUCAAGAUGCACGGCGGCGGCCCGCCCGUCUCACCCGGGCUGCCUCUGCAUGAUGUCUACCUGCAGGAGAACCUAGAUCUGCUACACAAAGGUCUAUGUAACUUGGGCAAACACAUCAGUAACGGCAACAAAUUUGGUAUUCCGGUCGUUGUAGCUGUCAACAAGCACGGUAAUGAUAGCGCCGCGGAAUUGAGUUUGGUGCAAGACUUCGCUCUGCACAACGGCGCGUUCAGGGCGGUGGUGUGUAGCCACUUCACCCACGGCGGGGCGGGCGCUAUCGAGCUUGCCGACGCCGUCAUCGACGCCUGUAACCGACCCACGCAUUUCCAGUACCUAUACCCCCUGAGCUUCUCCAUCCAGGACAAGAUUCACACAAUCGCCAGUCAGAUGUACGGCGCUUCCGAAAUCGAAUACACUGAAGAGGUUUUAGAAAAAAUUAAAAUCUUCACCGAAAAGGGAUACGACAAAUUUCCGAUUUGCAUGGCCAAGACUUCGAACUCCUUAACCGGUGAUCCCUCCAUCAAGGGAGCUCCCACUGACUUCACGCUAAAGAUCAACGGAAUAUUCGUAUCGGUAGGCGCCGGCUUCGUGGUGCCCAUGGUUGGGGAGAUCUCGAAGAUGCCCGGACUGCCGACGCGACCUAGCAUCUACGAUAUUGACCUCAACACAAAAACAGGGGAAAUCGAAGGCCUUUUCUAAGUGUUCACGGAAUUCAAUAAUCUUGAAUUUAUACCUAUUUUCGAAUUAUUGAAUUCGCUACGUAUAACUGCACGAAUUACGCAUAGGUACACCAAAAUUAGUCCACGCGAGGCUUAAUAGAAAAUUAUUUCAAUAUUUUACUAUACAAAAUUAGAGUUAUAUCUGAUUAUUAUUUACUCUGACCGUGAAUUCAUGUAUUUUAUUUGAUGUAUACACAAUUAUAAUGAAGAAACUAA